UCCCCUCUGUGUCUGUGAUCACGUGUCAGCAUUUGCGAUUCGGUGAAAAGUUUGACACGACAGAGGAGCCUGCACGGAGCUGCAAGGCCAAAAGGGGCGAAGACUUUCAGAAGUUUGUUUUUUCUUUUUUCUCGGACAGGACAUGGAAUCUGUUGCUCAGAAAGUGCGCUCAUCUGGAUUCACUCUUGACUUUGGACCCCUGAAGGAGCCUCUGGCAUUUAUCCGCCUGUUAGAGUGGCUGUUUUCCAUUUUUGCCUUUGCAACAACUGGAGGUUACAGCGGCUCCACCACCUUCAACGUUCAAUGCAAAGGAGGCAAGAAUGAGGAAAUACAAGCAGAUUUCAACUAUCCUUUCAGGUUGGUGCAGCAUCCCUACAACGUUCGUAACUGUUCAACCAACCAGACGAUCUACAACCAUUUCUUCCUGACUGGGGAUUACUCGUCCUCUGCAGAGUUCUACGUCUGUAUCGGGGUAUUGGCUUUCCUUUACAGCACCGCCUCAUUAAUCCUUUAUCUGGGCUAUCAGCACUUGUAUAGAGAGUCCUCCCGUGGUCCCAUUAUGGAUCUGCUGGUGACUGCAGCCUUGGCUUUCCUGUGGCUGGUGUCAUCCUCCGCUUGGGCUAAAGGCUUGACUGAUGUCAAAUGGGCUACAAAUCCUCAAACUAUUAUCAAACUGCUUGCUGUUUGCCGGGAUACCAACAAAUGUACCGCAGGAGCCCUGCCCGUCAUGGGCAAAUUAAAUGCCUCUGUGACAUUUGGAUUCCUUAACCUCAUCCUGUGGGGAGGAAACUGUUGGUUCAUAUACAAAGAAACCCCUUUCCACAAGACAAACCCGCCUACCAACAUCGAAGCUGGAGCUCCGCCAUCAUAACUGCACAGCUUCCCCAUUUCAAAACAGUCCAGCAUGUACAACUGGCUGCACUUCUGGCAGGACUGAUUUAAAUUUAGUGUUUGGUUUUUUUGUUUCAUUUGUUUCAUAUUAUGCCAAAAACAUUUCAAAGGAUAUUGUUUAGCCAAAAAUGAACACAGGCUGACCCCAUUAAUACUAAUGGAUACUAACUUUGUUUUAUUGAGUUGAAACUAAAGGGGUCCUUAAGUUAGAAAUGUGAAACAUAACCUUCUUUUUUGGCCAAUCAUGCAUCAGGAGUCAACCGUUUUUUCAAGAUUACUGCAGUUGCACAGUAUCUUAUCUUGUCUUUUACAGUACAUUGUUUCUGCCGUUAUUAAUAUUAAUCUACUCAGGGCUGAUAAGUAUAUUAAUCAUGGAUUUCCAGUUCAAUUUCAGAUACUUGAAAAUGUUUCAUUCAAAUUAAGCCCAGGUCAAAAAUAUUUAGUUUAACUGCCAAUGUUAGAUUAUUAUUUGAAGGUCAAAUAGUUGUUUUUUUCCGUUUGUGUGGUAGUAAUGAUUGCCGUUAGAGUAAUAUUUUUAUUUCAGACUUACAUCUGAAUAUUAUGCUUAAUGCAGUGUUUCUGUUCUUGUUAAACUUAUUGUUUUACAUGUGGAACUGAUACAAUUUCAUACUAAAAUUUGGUACUCAUAAUCAGUAUAGUGUUACUGUCUUUUUUGUUUGAUCGCACCAGUUCUAUAAUCCAGUUGCUGAGAUGUGUUUGAGUUAUUCCUAAUUCACUGCAAUCUUCUCGUUCUGUGUCUGCCUUGCCUCUAUCUGCUCUUUACUCAAGGGACAAAAAAAAAAAAA